GCCACGGGGAACUCAUAUUGUCAUCAGUAGAGCUAGCAGGCACACUAAUCAUCAGCCUCAUCCUUUGACUUCCGGCCAUGACAGUGUCGUACUCCUUGGAGGUGGCCAACGCUCGAUUCGGUGGCUUCUCCAAGCUCCUCUUCCGUUGGAGAGGGAGUAUCUACCGGCUGCUUUACAAGGAAUUCCUGGUGUUCUGUGCGCUGUACGCCUUUGUCAGUGUCUUCUACAGAUAUACACUCACAUCUAGACAACGGGACCUGUUUGAGCGCAUUGCCCUCUACUGUGAUCAUUUCACCAACACCAACUUCAUCCCAGUCUCUUUUGUGCUGGGAUUUUACGUGACCUUGGCCUUCAACCGAUGGUGGGGUCAGUACACCAGCUUCCCGCUGCCGGACAACCUGAUGAUGGUGGUGUCUGGGAACGUUCACGGCAGAGACGAGCGGGGACGCCUGCUGCGGCGCACGCUGAUGAGAUAUGCGCACCUGUCGUCUGUCCUCAUCCUGCGCUCCAUCAGCACGAGGGUCCGCAAGCGGUUCCCCUCCCUCGAGCACAUCGUAGACGCCGGGUUUAUGACGGCAAAGGAUGUGGAAAAGCUGGAGUCCCUGAACUCUGACUUCAACAAGUAUUGGAUGCCCCUCACGUGGUUCUCCAACCUGGCGGCCGAAGCCAGGGAAGAGGGUCGAGUCAGGAACGAUGUGGCGCUUAAACUCCUCAUGGAAGAGCUCAAUAAAUACAGAGCCAAGUGUAGCCUCCUGUUCCACUAUGACUGGAUCAGCAUUCCUCUGGUCUACACGCAGGUCGUGACGGUUGCAGUAUACUCCUUCUUUGCUUUCUGCCUGAUCGGACGACAGUUCCUUAACCCGAUGAAGGGCUACAAAGACCAUAAGAUCGACUUGUACGUCCCUGUUUUCACACUUCUCCAGUUCUUCUUCUACGUCGGAUGGCUCAAGGUGGCCGAGUUAAUCAUCAAUCCCUUUGGAGAGGACGACGACGACUUUGAAACCAACCAACUGAUCGACCGAAACUUUCAGGUCUCCAUGUUGGCUGUGGACGACAUGUACCAGAACCUGCCCCCGACGGUGAGGGAUAAGCACUGGGCCGCGGCGGGCUCCCCCGCGCCCUACAGCCAGACCGCCGGCCCCGGGGCGCGGACCCCCGCCUUCAUGGGCUCCACCUACGACAUGAGGAUGAGCGCUGAGGAUCUUCAGGUGCACCAGCCACAGGACUCCUCUUCGAACAUUGUGAUGCUUCAGCCCAGGGGCUCCCUUGGAGACGGGCUGGAGGGGGUUUGGGAGAAGGGCAAGGGAAUCAUUCGAGGGGCGAGCCUCCCGUCCCUGCUGGAAGGCUUGACACACCCGGUCGAGGAUGACUGCGUUAACGGCAGUGGCGAUGAGGUCUGAGCCCUGACUCAAGAACACAGGCAAUGAUUACAGUUGGAUUACAUGAUGGCAUUAAGAGGAGGUUUAUGCAUUUGUUUAAGCUUUCUACAGUCUGUUUUUGUUACAAUAAUGGUUUUGAAACAUGAUUUAUUUAUUAUUUUAUUUUUAACCUUAUAUAUAUUUCUAUAUGAUGCAUUGUUCAAAAUAAAAUCAUAAUAAAUUUGAUAUUUGUUAUUAAUUUAAAUCUCUGACUGUGUAAUAUUGCAAACGUAUGGUUCAUGGUUGGAUAAGCGAAGCGAUAGUGGCGAAGGACUUUUACUUUGAAAUUAACAAGACGGAUCACGAAAAGGGUCAAAAUAAAUGUCAAAAACUUACUUCCGUAUACUUUCGCUUUACCAACUACAUUACCUGUAAACACCCAAAGACUCCAGACGUCGUUGACAUUAUUGGUUGAAAAGUCCAAUUGUAGGGAAUCCGCUGCCACACUACGUGG